AUGGGUUUCUUCCGCACGUUGAGCCUGACGGCCACGGCCACGGCUAUGGCUUUGGUUGCAGAGGCCCAUGUAUGUCGAUCCCAGACUACUGCUCCCAGCGUCAGAGUCGAGCAGGGUCUCGUCAAGGGCUUUGACCAGAAUGACACUUCCGUCUAUCUAGGCAUCCCCUUUGCCGAGACCACCGCUGGCGAGAACCGCUGGAAGGCCCCCAAGCCCAUCACCUCGUUCCCCAAUGGUAAGUUCGAGGCCACUGCCUAUGGACCAUCCUGUGCCCAGGUGAUGUCUGGCACUUCCAUCACCGACCAGAGCGAGGAUUGCCUCAACCUCAACAUUUGGACACCGGGCAAUGGUUCCAAACUGCCUGUAUUCGUCUAUAUUUACGGCGGUGCCAUGGUCACCGGCGGUAGCAGCAAUGCCCAAUGGCAAGGUUUUAACUUUGCCCGUAAUGAUGUUAUCUACGUCAACUUUAAUUACCGCGAGAGCAUCUAUGCCUCGCCCAAUGCCCCUGAGCUGCAGGGGGAGUCCCAGAACUUUGGAAUCCUGGACGUGGAGCUGGCCAUGGAGUGGAUUUACAAGAACAUUGAGGCCUUCGGUGGUGAUAAGUCUCGCAUUGUGCUGGGUGGCCAUUCAUCCGGUGGAGUCCACGUUGAUCACUAUCUCUGGAAUCACCCUGAUACCUUCCUGGCCGGCGCGAUUGAGAUGUCUGCCAAUGCCCAAUCUGGUCCGGCCAUUGCACCUGUCGGUGUCGCACUAAAGCAGGUGGUUCAGGACAUGCUGGAUGCCGGCGUGACUCUUGCCUGCACAGCUGAAAACUACACUCUGGACUGCCUGCGUGCAGCAGAUACUUACGCCUUCCAGACGACCUACUUCAACUCGACCUCGAACACCUGGUUCUCUCCGGUAGUGGACGAGAUUACCCGCUUCUCCAACUACACCGACCGCUUCGCCAAGGGUAACUACCCAACAUCAGUCCCGCUGAUCGUCGGCAACUCCGACCAGGAGGGCGAGAUCUUCGGCUACGUCUACGCCAGCGAGAACACUAACUUCUCGUCCUGGAUCGGCACUUUUGAUGCUGACAUUGCCUUCGUGCCCGCGGAACAGCUCCUGGCCGCCUACGACGAAGCCGACUAUGCCUCUGUCUCCCUGAUGAGCGGUGCCUCUUACGGCGACGCGCGCUUCCUCUGCGCGACUGACGCCCUGCUGGACCUGCGCGCCGCCAAGCAACCCACCUGGAUCUACCGCUGGUUUGGCAACUACUCGAACGUGCUGCCGAUCCCCAAUCUCGGGCCCUCACACGGCAGCGAGGUGCCCUUCUUCCACGGUGGCAAUGAGUGCUUCUCGCUUCUAGACGGCGUGACCGAUGCGGAGCAACAGCUGGCGGACUACCUAAACGCGCGUUUCGUCGAGUUCGUUAAGAACCCCACCGCUGGGCCUGGCUGGGAUAAGGCACAGCCUGUUAAUGGUCCCUUGGCGCGCUUGGGUGUGUCUGGGCAUGAGGAGGAGAUUGUGACGAGCACGACUGGCGUGUACAACGCCCGCUGCCAGAAGGUCUACAAGCCCAACUAUCCUAAGUACCCAGUGGUGCUCAACCCUGUGUUGCUGGCCUAG